AUGGAGGGUGGGGGUGGUUUCAGGAUUGGUAGUUCAUCCAUUUUGAGGGACAGUGACGCAGAUAUCUUCUCAAACUCAUUCCACCAAGAGGAUGAUGAAGAGGCUCUCAGAUGGGCUGCCAUUCAGAAACUUCCCACCAUUUCUCGGUUGAGGAAAGCUUUGCUCACUUCAUCCGAAGGGGAAGUGAAUGAGAUUGAUGUUCACAAACUUGGGUUGCCAGAAAGGAGAGCUUUACUUGAAAGAUUGGUGAGAACUGCUGAAGAGGACAAUGAGAAGUUUUUGCUCAAGCUAAGGGAACGAAUAGAUAGAGUUGGAAUUGAACUUCCUACUAUAGAGGUUCGGUUUGAGAACUUGAGUGUCGAAGCAGAAGCUCGUGUAGGAACUAGCGCUUUGCCUACCUUCACCAACUUCAUGGUUAAUAUUGUGGAGUUUUCUGGAAAGAUGACUUAUAAUGGUCAUGGGAUGGAUGAGUUUGUACCCCAAAGAACUGCAGCAUAUGUCAAUCAAAAUGAUCUUCAUAUUGCAGAGUUGACCGUCAGAGAAACCUUGGCCUUCUCAGCAAGAGUCCAAGGAGUUGGAACUCGUUAUGAUUUGCUAGCAGAAUUGUCCAGAAGAGAAAAAGACGCAAAUAUCAAGCCUGAUCCAGAUAUUGAUGUCUACAUGAAGGCUGUAGCAACUGAAGGCCAGAAGGCAAAUUUGAUAACGGAUUACGUCCUAAGGAUUUUGGGACUGGAGGUCUGUGCUGAUAUUAUUGUAGGAAAUGCAAUGUUAAGGGGGAUCUCUGGUGGACAAAAGAAACGCGUUACUACAGGUAAUGUUGACAAACAAGUAUCUAAACAAAACACUCUAUAUGUUAUCGCUUGA